UGUCGCUCUGUGUCUCCAUAUAAAGACAACAGGGUGGGAAUCUCCAAACGUACGCUCUUCACAUCCACCAUCUUACUAUGACUGAACUGAGGAUCAUCAGUAUAAUCGCACGCUAAGCUGAAUGGAUCAGUGUGAGGAGAGCGAAGAGGGUUCUCCCUUAAAACCCACAGUCAGCUCCCUCAAAGCACCCAGAUCUGAACGUAGAUCUGGCAGCCCCUUCAAAGGACCUGAAUCUGAAGUGGGACCUGACAGCACUCCCAAAGCUCAGAGGACCCAUGAAAGCUCAGAGUUCUCUGAACCCCAACCUGGACCUGGGCCCAGCUACAUGUUAGCUAAAAGUGACCGGUCCAUGGAUGGCAAAUGGAUACAUUUUGGAAAUGGAGAUAAUUCACUAGAGUCGUACGUCCAGUCUGAACCUGAAACCAGCUGUGUGUCCCUCACAAGUGAAAUAUCCAUGGAACCACCACUACAUUUUGCAUCAAAAAAUCAGUGUUCUGUGAGGAAGAAGAUAAGACAGAGAGUGGAGCAGCAGAGCUCAGAUGUUCCCAGUGAUCAUCAACAACAUACUCACCUGGACUCCACAUUUGAGCUGCUGGAGAGGACCAUCAUCAAUUUUGUCACAAAUGAAUUAAAGAAAUUCCGUGAAGUUCUGAGUUCUGAUUACCCAGAAUGCUUAGACCCUCUGAAGGAUAAAGAUGAAGAGCAGAGGAAGAGCAGAGAGGCAUUUCUGCAGAUCACACUGAACUUCCUGAGGAGGAUGAAGCAGGAGGAGCUGGCUGACCGUCUGCAGAGCAGGAGUGUUUAUGGAGCUCAGCAUAAACUGAAGCAUAACCUGCAGCAGAAGUUUCAGUGUGUGUUUGAAGGCAUCACUAAAGCAGAAAACCCCAAAACCCUCCUGAAUCAGAUCUACACAGAGCUCUACAUCACAGAGGGAGGGGCUGCAGAGGUCAAUAAUGAACAUGAAGUCAGACAGAUUGAAACAGCGUCCAGGAAGCCAGACAGGCCAGAAACAACCAUCACAUGUAGGGACAUCUUUAAAGGCUCACCAGACAGAGAUACACCAAUCAGAGCAGUGCUGGCAAAGGGAGUAGCUGGCAUUGGGAAAACAGUCUUAACACAGAAGUUCAGUCUAGACUGGGCUGAAGGCAAAGCCAACCAGAACAUACUGUUCACCUUUCCAUUCACGUUCAGACAGCUGAAUGUGCUUAAAGAGAAAAAGUUCAGCUUGGUGGAACUUGUUCAUCGCUUCUUCGCUGAAACCAAAGAAGCAGGGAUCUGCCACUUUGAAAAUUUCCAGGUCGUGUUCAUCUUUGAUGGUCUGGAUGAGUGUCGACCUCCUCUGGAGUUCAACAACACUCGGAUCCUGACUGAUGUUACAGAGUCUACCACAGUGGAUGUGCUUCUCGUAAACCUCAUCAGGGGGAAUCUGCUUCCUUCUGCUCGCGUCUGGAUAACAACACGGCCAGCAGCAGCCAAUCAGAUCCCUGCUGAGUGUUUUGACAGGGUGACAGAGAUCAGAGGGUUCACUGAUGAACAGAAAGAAGAGUACUUCAGGAAGAGAUUCAAGGAUGAGAAGCUGGCCAACACAAUCAUCUCCCACAUCAAGACAUCACGAAGCCUCCACAUCAUGUGCCACAUCCCAGUCUUUUGCUGGAUCACUGCUACAGUUCUAGAGGAUGUGUUGAAGACCACAGAGGGAGGAGAGCUGCCCAAGACCCUGACUGAGAUGUACGUGCACUUCCUUGUUGUUCAGGCCAAAGUGAAAAACAUCAAGUAUGAUGGAAAGUCUGAGGCAGAUCCACACUGGAGUGCAGAUACCAGGAAGAUGAUUGAGUCUCUGGGAAAACUAGCAUUUGAGCAUCUGCAGAAAGGAAACCUGAUCUUCUAUGAGUCAGACCUAACAGAGUGUGGCAUUAAUAUCAAUGCAGCCUCAGUGUACUCAGGCGUGUUCACAGAGGUCUUUAUAGAGGAGAGAGGGCUGCACCAGGACAAAGUGUUCUGCUUUGUCCAUCUAAGUGUUCAGGAGUUUCUGGCUGCUCUUUAUGUCCAUCUGACCUUCAUCACCACUGGAGUCAAUCUGUUGUCAGAAGAACAAACAACACUUCAGAGAUGUGAAUCUGCAGAGACACAGCUCUACCAGACUGCUGUGGACAAGGCCUUAGAGAGUCCAAAUGGACACCUGGACUUGUUUCUACGCUUCCUCCUGGGUCUCUCGCUGUCAACCAAUCAGAAUCUACUACGAGGUCUGCUGAAACAGACAGGAAGUAGCUCUGAGACCAGUCAGAAAAUAAUUGAGUACAUCAAGAAGAAGAUUGAGGAGAAUCAGUCUGUUGAGAGAAGCAUCAAUCUGUUCCACUGUCUGAAUGAACUGAAUGAUCAUUCUCUGGUGAAUCAGAUCCAACUGUUCCUGAGUUCAGGACAUCUCUUUAAACAGAAACUCUCUCCUGCUCAGUGGUCAGCUCUGAUCUUCAUCUUACUGUCAUCAGAGAAAGACCUGAAGGUGUUUGACCUGAAGAAGUACUGUGCUACAGAGGAGGCUGUCCUGAGGCUGCUGCCAGUGGUCAAAGCCUCUAAUAAAGCUCUGUUGAGUGGCUGUAACCUUUCAGAGAAAAGUUGUGAAGCUCUGUCCUCAGUUCUCAGCUCCCAGUCUUCUAGUCUGAGAGAGUUAGAUUUGAGUAACAAUGACCUCCAAGACUCAGGAGUGAAGCUACUGGCAGAUGGACUGAAGAGUCCCGACUGCAGACUGGAGACUAUCAGACUCUCAGGCUGUCUGAUCACAGAGGAAGGCUGUGCAUCUUUAGCUUCUGCUUUGAGGUCCAACCCAUCGCAUCUUAAAGAACUGGACCUGAGCUACAACCAUCCAGGAGACUCAGGACAAGAGCUGGUUGCUGCACUGGAGGAUCCACACUGCAGCCUGGACACUCUCAGGUUGGAGUUUGGUGGAGUCCAAUGGUUAACACCAGGCCUGGGUCUGAGAAAGUAUUUCUGUGAGCUCACACUGGAUCCAAACACAGCAUGGAGAAGACUCAAACUGUCAGAUAACAACAAGGAGGUGACGCAUGUGAAGGAAUAUCAGCCAUAUCCUGAUCAUGAGGACAGAUUUGAGUACUGGGCUCAGCUGCUGUGUACACCUAGCCUGACUGGUCGCUGUUACUGGGAGGUUGAGAGGAACGGAGGGGUUUUGAUAGCAGUGACUUACACAGGAAUCAAAAGGAAAGGGCGCUCUUUAGAAUGUGUGUUUGGAUUAAACACUCAGUCCUGGACCAUUGAGUGUUCUGAGGAUGGUUACUGUGUCCGUCAUGAUAACAAAGAAAUAUACCUCCCUCUGCCCCCAUCCCACUCUGGUAGAGUAGCGGUGUAUGUGGACUAUCCUGCUGGCACUCUGUCCUUCUACUUAGUCUCCUCUAACACACUGAUCCACCUCCAUACCUUCAACACCACAUUUACUGAACCUCUGUAUGCUGGGGUUAGAGUGUUUUCUGAGUCCUCUGUCUGUUUGUGUGGUCGAGAGGGUGAGUCGUCACUUGUUUAGAGAAACAUCCUCAAUCCCCAUCUCAUAGUUCAGUCUGUUUGACCUAGGGGUAAUAAUGGACCCAGACCUAAACUUUAACAGUCACAUUACAUCAAUUACAUCAUCAGCCUUUUACCAUCUCAAAAACAUCGCUAGAAUCAAAGGU